UAGUUUUUGGCGGUGACACUGCUUAUAUUCAAAUGGUGUAUUUUUCCUUCUUUUAAACAUAGGCUAUUCUUUCUAGUAUCACUGUUUCCUUGGAAACGGUAAGAACCAUUCAAUAAUAUAAAAAUUAUAGAAGUAGUAAGCCCACGACAAAAAAAAACAAUCACGACAACUUUGAAUUUGUGUCGAUCUGCUGUGGCAAAUGGGGCUUUUACGUGAACGUCAAACUAUGCUAACUAUAGUGUUGGCCAAGAGUUGCAUCAUCACAGUAGGCAUUUUAAAAUAUUGAGACAAUGUAACGUUUGAUGUUCAAUUACAAGUUUCUAUGGUUUCUCAACAACAACCGUUUGUCAAGAGAAAAAAAUCGUAUACUUUUUCAUUCCUUGAUCAGCAGCUGUACAAUCAAGACGAGAAAAUGAGCUCUGAAAAAAUUGAACUUCUCAAGAGUUCCCGCGGGGGCGACAUCCUGUACCUCGAUGGGUAUUUAUUCUACAGAAAUAAAAAGGUUGACGAGUUGCAUUAUUGGGAGUGCCGGAACCGAAGCCACACGACUGAGCAGAGGACACACUGUUCAUCAAGGGUGACCACAAAGCUGGUGAAUGAUGAGCAUGUCCUUGUAUCGGAUAGACCCCAGCAUGAACAUGAGCCUGCUCCACGAAGUGCUGAAACGCUGAAGUUCCGGGACAACAUUAAACGUUCAGCGGCAGCAGACAAUGGACCUCCGGCAAAGUUGGUUAGCAGGGUGGCAGCGGAAUAUAGUACAGUGGUUCAACACCAACUUUCCAUGAACGCCCAAAUCAAAAUCGUGAAACGGACGCGACCAUCUGUACACGGAAAGGAGCCAACAUCGCUGGAAGGUUUUGUUGUUCCGGAGGAACUGCAGAAGACGGUAAACGGAGUACAGUUUUUUCACGGUGUGGUCGAGUCGAAAGGCGAGAAGGCGCUUAUUUUUACUACAGAAAAAGACUUGCGCAGACUGGCUCAAUCUCGGUUCUGGGUUGCAGACGCAACGUUCGAUACUGUUCCUGGCUUGUUUAGACAGCUGUUCAGUAUUCACGGCAGCGUAGGACCCGAUCACACGAAUACGGUGCCAAUUGUGUAUGCCCUAAUGCAGUCCAAAGCAGAAUUGCUGUACCAACAUGUGCUGCAACAGAUAGGCGAAAUUGCUACGCAAUUUGAUAUUGAGCUGAACCCUUCAGUAAUUCUGACUGAUUUUGAACGAGGAAUGAUAACCGCCUUUCAACGUGAAUUUCCCGAAUCGCGGCAUUCGGGAUGCUUCUUCCACUUAUCUCAAAAUAUUUGGAAAAGGGUCCAAAACAAUGGCCUUGUUCAAAAGUUCAAGGCUUCCAGCGGAAUCUUUUUUGAACACUACAAAAGGAUCCAAGCUUUGGCGUUCCUCCCUCCCGAAGAGAUUCCGAAAGGGUUCGAAAUCUUAUUGAAAGAACUGCCGGAGGACUUUUUGCCAAUUGUCUCUUAUUUAGAAGAGUAUUAUGUGCUGGGGCGUAAAAAGGCUGGGAGAAAAGGUGUGCGGGCGCAGCCGCUAUUUCCGCCUUCUCUGUGGUCCGUUCAUCAAAAUGUUACGGAAGGAUUGCCAAGAACUACAAAUUUGGUCGAAGCUUGGCACAGUCGUUGGGCCAAAGUAGUGGGCGCCCAGCAUGUUGGCACCAUCAAAAUGAUUGAAGAGCUUCGCCUGGAGCAGAAGUCAGCGAACGAUCGAGCUGAUGUCUUCCUGGCUGGAGGUGGACCAUCGAAAAAAUUGGAGUAUCAACAAAAGGACUCCAAACUCAGUAAAGUAGUGGCUAAAUAUGAUAAAUAUAGUACGUAUGAUUAUAUCAAAGCAAUAGCAGAUAAUCUUUAGGUUUAAUAUUAUUCUUUAACUUUAUAAAUACAUUGAAUUCGGAAGGACAUAAAAUAUGCUUUUUAUUUAAUAAUAAAUGAUACUUCUCAUAAUUAAGCGAAAAACAGAAGGUGAAGCCACACAUCGACAUUCAUAUUAUUUUUUUUUAAUAAUUAUAAAUAAUUUCGGCUGCUACAGACGAGUCAAACGGUUUUCUAGAUUGCCGAAGACUCCACAUUCUUUUUAUUGGAGAUGGGUUUCAAAAUUGGAAGCAACUUGCAUGCUAAUAUUCGUAAUUGAAUUGCGCAUUUAUCAAUCUGGUCUUGACAAUUGAAAAUAAUUCAAUAACGUUUCGUAUUAGUCAGUUUACUCCUUUCACCGUUAGACUAGUUAGCAUUCGGCCAAACGGCAUUCGGCCAAAUGGCAUUCGGCCAAAUGACCCAUUCGGCCAAAUGGCAUUCGGCCAAACGGCAUUCGGCCAAACGGCAUUCGGCCAAAUGACCC